UAAACCCAGAAGCCUCCUCGUCCUCUCUCUGACUCUCUCUCACCCUCUCCCCUCCCUCGGGGUCGCGGUUGCUUCCUCGCGGCCGAUUCGUAUCUUCCGUGGCAGCAGGGAGGGUACGGUACUCCUCCGGCCGGCGGGAGGAGAAGAGGAGCUUCGAGAUGGGGGCGUCCCUCGCUUCCGCGGGCUUGGUGAACUACCCGCUUGUCGCGGCGCUCCUCGCGUUCGCUCUCGCGCAGUCCUCCAAGUUCUUCACCACCUGGUACAAAGAAGGUCGGUGGGAUGCCAGACAACUUAUAGCUUCUGGCGGGAUGCCAUCAUCCCACUCAGCUACAGUGACAGCACUUUCAGUGGCAGUGGGAAUCCAAGAAGGCUUUCGUAGUGCAACAUUUGCAACUGCACUAGUCUUUGCAUGUGUGGUUAUGCAUGAUGCUUUUGGAGUUCGGUUACAUGCCGGAAAGCAGGCAGAGGUGCUGAAUCAAAUUGUCUAUGAGCUGCCAGAGGAACACCCAUUAUCAGAGACAAAGCCACUGCGUGAAAUCCUUGGACAUACUGUUCCUCAGGUCGUGGCCGGUUGCAUCCUUGGAAUCCUCAUGGCUGUCGUUAUGCUUUUGGCUCUCGGGAGGUCUUAGUCAAGUGUUGUUCACCCUAUAUCUCACUGGUGAUGGCUACAAAGCAUAAAAACAUGAUCUCCCCAUGGUUCUGGCUGUCCAAGUGUUCGAUAGUACAAAGUUCUAACCGAAUUUAGAUCUGGACUGUAGGUUUCAGGUUGUAGCUCGAGUUGGUUGCUGUAAAUCUGAAAGGGUCACUUUUAAUUCCAACCACGGUGUAAUGGAAGCUUUGUUAUACAAUCAGCAGCGGUAAGAUCAUUUUGCGGAUCAGUAUGGUCGAUACCAUGCCGUCGCAUUUGCUUUAUACUCCUUUAAUUGAAAACUGCGAGUCAUUUUGGCUCUUCCAGACAUGUUGUUUUUGCUACGUAUUUAAAAGCAAUGUAUUUGAAUAUACAUUAUAUCUAGAUAUAUAGUUAGAGUCAUGUAUUUAGAAAAGGACAAACAUUGAUAUGGAGGGGGUAAGCGGUUCAUUG